AUGCUGUUGAUUUCGUUGUUCAGUUUGUUCUCGAUCGGUUUCGGAGCCCGUAUCCUUCGUCGUGAACUCGAUGAUCAACCGACAGCUCUUUUUCUCGAGUUGGGUCCCCAGGAGGUAGUCUCAACCUCUCCGUCUGACGAUGAUGUCUUCAUGAUUCGUGAUUCUUCGCCUUUUUUCCCAACUGGUGAUUCAUUCCGUGACAAACGAGGUGUUGAUCCUAUGAGUAUUCCUCGACUAAUCAAGGAACCACCACUGAAGAAACGAAGUGGUGACUUCAAAAGAGGCGACGUCGUCUAUCCAUCGGCUGCGAAACAGACGGUUCCGUUGGUUCGCGUGAGGGAGCCACCUCUUAAGAGGGGACAACUGUUCCUUGAAGAGCUUCUUCAAUUCAAUGAUGACGCCCACAAAAGAUUUAUGAAUCCUCUUAGAAGGAUACGAUAUGGCUCAAACCGACACAUCUACGCGUGGUAG